AUGUUUUGCUGCUCAUCAUCUAAAAAGAAAGAUGAAAACAAAAAACCAGUAGAGAUAUCGGAACAGUUGGCACCUGAGAAUCAGUAAGUAGACAGAUCCUGUAGAACCAAUCAAUAGCAAGAAGUAGAGUUAGAAAUAGAAGAAAGACCCAAGAAGAAUUCAGUCGGAUAUUAAGUGCAGGACGAAAACGUCUCAGCCUCCAUAUGUCCCUCAUUCGUCGUUGGCAAAACUCCCUUUACUCUUUUUGUUAUGAGUCUUCUUGAAAAAUAGUAAAAUAUGAAAAAAGAGUCGUAAUAGCAGGAGGAAAUUAAAAUCGACUUUUAGGAAGAUUUGAGUGUGAUCGUCAGUUAUCCUCAAAUUCAAGCUGAAGUAAAAAAUAACCAAAACGACAAAUCAUAACUUGAAGAAAUCCCUGAUCAACCUGAAGUAAUAUAGGAGGAGGAUGAAGAAGACGAAGAGCGAGAAAUAUCAGAGGAGGAGGCCAAGAAUGCAGCCAUCUAUAAAUGGGCCAGGGAAAUACACGAUUAUAACACAGACAAUACUGAAGAAUUAAUUUUGAAGGCUGUCUCUAAUUUUAAACCACUUUAAUCGAAGGAAGAAUCCAGAUCAACCUUAGCACACAAAGACGGAGGUAAAGUGUGCAAAAACAAAAAAUUAAUAAGAACUCUGAGAGCAAUAGGCAAAGAAUUGAUCAAAUAAAUUGGUAAACAGAUUUUGUCUGGUAAUUUAAAUUUAACAACCGUGUCAUUCCCUAUCAAGGCCAUGAUUCCCAAGUCAGCCCUUGAAAAGGUCUUGAUGUCUAGUUGUCUCUUCCCCCUUUACAUUAACAGAGCAGUCCUCGAGAAAGAUCCCAUCGAAAGAAUGAAGCUAAUUAUUUGUGCCACCUUAGGUAAUUUCUAUUUGAAUUGCUCCUUUCUCAAACCCUUAAAUCCCAUCUUGGGCGAAACCAUUUCCGGGUUCUAUCAAGAUGGCACCACUGCCUAUGUAGAAUAGAUCUCACACCACCCUCCAGUUAGUUAUUUUCUAACUAUUGGUCCCAAAAAUAGUUAUAAAUUUUAUGGUUAUUAUAAUUACGAAGCCAAAGCAGGAGUCAACUCCCUCUCCUUGAAAAACAAGGGGAAACGCUUUUUGCAAUUUGCUGAUGGAGAAUUAAUUGAAUACAAUUUUGCAGGAGAAGAAUACAGUGGAAGUUUCUGGGGACCCAUGAAAGUCGAAUGCAAAGGCAAGAUUACCUUCUUGGAUAAAAAGAAUGAUAUUUCAGCUUAGGUUGAAUUGGAUAGUGUCAGAUGGAAGGCAUCUGAUUACCUGUCUGGAGAAAUCAAAAAAAGGGGGAAGAAGGUCUGCAAGGUCUAUGGAACCUACAUGGGAUAUAUUGAAUUCGGAGAAGUCAGAUAUUGGGAUGUCAAUUACAUACGUCCAUAUGAAUGCAAAGUGUUUAAACCUAAUCCAUUUCUCUUAAGCGAUGCAUCAUUCAGGCCUGACUUAAGAUAACUUAAACGCAACAAAGUAUAGGAAGCAUAAAAGGAGAAGGACGAUCUAGAAAUGCAAUAAAGAUAAGAUGCUAAACUCAGAAAACCUAAAAAAUGA